AUGGCAAAGAAGAAGACAUUAAAGCAGCAGGACUUCCAGAAGAAGAAACUGAAGGUCGGAAAGCCGAAGCAGGCUGCGUCGAACGCCACGGAUACCUCGUUCGUGGCCAAGACAAUCCACCUGCCUAAUCAGACAAAGCUGACCUCCACAAAUGACGCCGAGGCAGACCUGUUACGGCGGCUCUCGUUGUGCAAACACCACAGCGAAAUUACCCGCAAGGAAACGCUUAUCUACCUACAGGUUGCAGUGCCCCGCGUGAUCCACGGCCAGGUCGCGUCCCGCCUGAUGUCAGCGUGCAUCCCGCUGAUGUGCGACCCCAACAAGCACGUGCGCGAGGAGCUGCUCAAGCUGCUGGACGUCGUCGGCAGCUGCGACGCAAACACCAUGCGCCUGUACAUGCGCCCGCUCGUGCUGUUCAUGGGCAGUGCCAUGACGCACAUCUCCGCUGGCGUGCAGCGCGACAGCGGCCGAUUCCUGCAGUGCGUGCUGCGCCACGCAGGCCACGAGCUCGUCCGAGCAGCGUGGGUCAAAAUGCUGCGCGGCCUUUGCAACGUCCUGGGCUGGCCGCUGCGCGGCGCCGCCUCCGCCAGCGCCGGCGCCGGCAGCAACGUCGUCAGCAUGCACAAAAACCGCGCCCUGCAGCACCAGAACCUGCAGGCGCUUGCAGAUUUCAUCCGUCUGGGCUGCGCAGAGCCCGCGGCUGCCGCCCUCGCCGGCUGUGCUGCCCCCGCGCUCUACGCCAAGUACCUGCUCCCCGACUGCCCGCAGCCCUACAGUCACCUCAAACUUUUCGUCCGCGAGUUUCCCGCAGACACCGCCGCCGCCGCCCGCCCCCUGCAUGAGCUUGACACCCUGGUCUGCGAGGACGCCGCCACGCGCCGCGAUGUGUUUCUGGGCCAUUUCCGCCCUGUCCUCGCCGCCCAGCUGCCCUCGCUCGUCAAGGACGGCGGCGACUGCGGCCGCGUAGCCGCCAACCUGCUGCAGCUGCUGGACCACGUCCAGCAAGCCGCGGCCUGA